GGUAGACCAGUCCGUAUCAAGGUGGAGGAUUAUUGAUCUCAGGCUUUAAACUGUGUUUCAUCUCUUCAAUCCACAUUUUCUUUUUGUAUUUACUGAAAGUGGUUGGGUGCCAGAUUUCUAGAUUAUUUUCUUCUCUUAUCUGGAUGCUGGACAGCGUAUCAAGAGACAGAGAGACUUCUGCUUAGUCACUGUAGCGCCCUGCUCACUUCUGUUUUUGGACUUAUGCCGUCACGGAGAGGAUCUGUUCAGGUGGAAGAAUGUAAAAACCUGCCUUCAGGCCUUCUGUUUAUCUGAACAGGGUUAUAUAUUCUUUUGACAUGUAGAAACGGUGGAAAAGACACAGAAUUCUGAGGCAAACAGGAAAAUCUCAAGGAACAAGAUGUACAGCUCACACAGUUUACCUUACCUGGGAGUGUUGAUAAUGGCGGUGGUCGCCAACCAGAUGCUGGAAGACUGUUUGAAACGUAACUACACCAUGAAUGUUGUGGUGCUGGAGGACAACAAUUAUGCGUGGAGUCGACCGUUUGUGCAGGCGGCUGUGGAAGAAGCCAUAGAAGUGGACUGGCGGGAGAACAUUAAGCAUGGUUUAGACUUUAAGUUGACGGCUAACUACAGCGGGUUUGACACCACCAUAUACAACCGACAGGGCUGUGGGAGCAGCACCUGUGAGGGAGUGGCAAUACUCAAGAUGCUGCACGAUAAAGGUGAUGUUGGAUGCGUUAUGCUGGGGCCUUCCUGCACUUAUGCCACCUUCCAGUUAAUGGAUGAGGAAAUUGGCCUAACCCUGAGCAUUCCCAUCAUCUCUGCUGGGAGCUUCGGCCUCUCAUGUGACUAUAAGCCCAAACUGACCCGAAUUCUGCCUCCGGCACGCAAGAUCUCAGACUUAUUAAUCAACUUUAUGAAGGAAAUCUUGCCAUUUAAGGAAGCUCUUUGGGAGCAUGUCUAUGUCUACAAGAAGACCAUUAAUGCAACUGAAGACUGUUUCUGGUACAUUAACGCAUUGGAAGCACCCUCUGCCAAGUUUGCCAAAGAGACGGAGAGAGAGAUGCUGCGUGGGGAAGCUGAGCUAAAGAAGGAACUUACCUCUAAAAAAGAAAGAAGCAGCAACAUUUUCAUUUUAUGUGGGGGAAUUGACGACAUUGUUACAAUAAAGAAGAAGGUGGGCCCGAUUGAUGAGGACAUCAUGUUCGUUCUCCUCGAUCUUUACAACCCUGAGUAUUAUGUCAACAAAACAUCCAGUAAGGGUAUGGAAGAUGUACUGGUGAUCACUCUGCCAAAGAGGAACUACAGCUUUGGAGCACAAUCAUCAUUCAACAACACGAUAAAUGACUACGUGGCUGGGUAUCAUGAUGGGGCUCUGCUGUUGGGCAAAGUGCUCAGAGAGAAAAUGCUCAGUCAACGAAAUAACAAGGGAUCCCCUAAUGUGCCUCUGAGUGACAGCCCUUUUGGAAACGCCUCCUUUGACGGUAUGGGGGGACACUAUGUGAUUGAUGAGUAUGGUGACAGAGAUGUUAACUUCUCUUUUAUUUACACAUCAACUGUCACUGGCGAGUACAAAACCCUGUUAGUGUUUGACACAUCACAAAAUCAAACCAUAAUGACAGACACAAACCCUGCCCUGCGCUGGAAUGGUCGUCUGCCUCCUGAUGUGCCAAAAAAUCCAGAUGACUUAAAUUUGCAGAAUGUGAUUGUGAUCGUUCUGAGUGUCAGUGUUGUCGUGGUGACAGCCAUUGCUCUCAUCUUCUACAGGCAGAACAGGAAACAGCGUCAUUUGCAGAAAAGGUGGUCUCACAUCAACCCUCAUCUGAUUGGUCCGCUGGAUGAGAAGGAGGUCUCUCUGAAGAUUGAUGAAGAUAAGAGGAAGGACAGCACCUUCUUCAAUCACCGAGGCCGCUAUGACAAGAAGCCUGUAAUCUUGAAAGAGCUGAAGCACACGGACGGAGACUUCACCGAGGACCAGAGGAUUGAGCUUAACACUCUGCUGCGCAUAGAUUACUACAACCUGACCAAGUUCUACGGCACGGUGAAGUUUGAGUACGGAGUGUUUGGGGUGUUUGAGCUCUGUCAGAGGGGCUCCCUCAGGUACAUUCUGAACGACAGGAUCUCCUACCCAGAUGAAACCUUCAUGGACAUGGAGUUUAAGAUAUCAGUCAUGUAUGACAUAGCAAAGGGCAUGUCAUACCUCCACUCCAGUAACAUCGAGGUCCACGGUCGCCUCAAGUCGACCAACUGUGUGGUCGACAACCGCAUGGUGGUCAAGAUAACUGACUUUGGCUGUCACACCAUCCUGAACCCAGGCAGAGACUUGUGGACGGCCCCAGAGCAUCUUCGUGAAGGUGGGGUGUCUCAAAAAGGCGAUGUCUACAGCUAUGCCAUCAUUGCUCAUGAGAUCGUUAUGAGGUGGACCCCAUUCCACACACAGUGCUGCUCUGAUCCUGCAGAGAAGCUCUACAGAGUGCAGUAUCCCAGUGGGAUGAAUUUUUUCAGACCUGACCUUAACUUUGACGCGUCAGAGAGGGAGGUCGAGCUGUUCAUGCUGAUAAAAAACUGCUGGGAUGAAGACCCAGAGCGAAGGCCAGAUUUUAAGAGAAUAGAGUUAUCUCUGGGUAAGAUUUUCAGUAACCUGCAUAACCAAGCCAGUGAGACUUACAUGGACAACCUGAUCCGUCGCCUGCAGAUGUACUCCAGGACUCUGGAGCGUCUGGUGGAGGAGAGAACCUCUUUGUACAAAGCUGAGAGGGACAGAGCGGAUCGCCUCAACUUUAUGCUACUUCCUGGCCCGGUGGUGAAGUCACUGAAGGAGACGGGCAGAGUGGAACCAGAGCUGUUUGAGGAGGUGACCAUCUAUUUCAGCGACAUAGUGGGAUUCACCACCCUCUGCCACUACAGCACCCCCAUGGAGGUGGUCGACAUGCUCAACGACAUCUACAAGAACUUUGACAGCAUCCUUGACCACCAUGAUGUCUACAAGGUUGAGACAAUAGGAGAUGCGUACAUGGUUGCAUCAGGUUUGCCCAAACGUAACGGCGACAGGCAUGCAGUGGACAUCGCCCACAUGGCCCUUGACAUGCUGGCAUUUGUCGGGACGUUUGAGUUGCUACACAUGCCUGGCAUUCCUCUGUGGAUCCGUAUCGGUGUGCAUUCAGGACCGUGUGCAGCAGGAGUGGUGGGGAACAAGAUGCCUCGCUACUGUCUUUUCGGAGACACAGUCAACACUGCAUCACGCAUGGAGUCCACGGGCCUGCCUCUGAGAAUUCAUGUCAGCCAGUCCACCAUCAACACCCUGCAGAGGACAGACAGCAAGUUUCAGUAUGAAAAAAGAGGAGAGACCUACCUGAAGGGUAAAGGCAAAGAGAUGACAUACUGGUUAACAGGAGUGACUGGGGGAAAGUACAACCUGCCAACACCACCAACAGCGGAGAACUUCAAGCGGCUACAGCAGGACCUGGCGGAGAUGAUCGUGUCCAGUCUGAAGAACCGCGAAAAUGGGAGCGACAGCUUCAAAAAGAGGAAGACCCUGUCCACCAAAGUCCGCCGGAGGGAGACCAGCAGCAGUCUAAAGGGGGACAGCCCGCCAGAGUACUUCCACCUGGCCGUCACUGACAACCCCGUCACCUACCUGUGAUGAGAGAAACCUUCCAUACAAUACUGGCCAUAAAGGUAGACGUCACAGCAGUGCGUCAUAGUCUGUGUACCUGUCUGAUCAGCACUGCUGGGCUCCAGUGACAGUGGGGCAGAUGCAGUGGAACAAGCUAUAAUACACGUGCCUGCCACAGGGUUUCAGUUCUCUUUCCAUCAUAAGUCAAAAUUUUUAAAUUGUUAAAGGGAAAAUCCACCCUCAGAUACUUAUUAAUAUGUUUGUUGAGUUUUGUUGUGAUGGAAAGAAUGCUAUAUAUAAGCCCCCUCCUCUUGUAUUGUGUGGGGCUUGCACCAUUUUUAUAUAACAUCACUGUAGCCGUGUUGUACUCUUUACAUUUGCCCUGUUAUUCAUGGGAAUAAGAGAGGAACCAAUGGUAAAACUGGCCUGAAGAGUAGCAAACAGUGAUGCUAUCACUUGGGGGCGCCAAAGUCUUACAUUUUUACACAAAUAUUAGCAAUUAUUUGUUCCUGGAACGGUUUUGGGUUGCUUUUUCUUAUAAAAUGUUUGCCUUUUGUAAUUUGUAACAUAAGGCAAUGAAAACUCACACAUUGUCACAACUACAUGGAUUUUAGUAAGAGUCCUGCUUUAAGAUCCAUUAAAGCAACACUAUGUAACUUUUAGCCCUACAGGUUGUCUCAUUGGAACUACAACUCGCAACGCUGCGAGUUGUAGUUGUAGUUCCAAUGAGACAACAAAAGUUACAUAGUGUUGCUUUUAAAAAACCACAUGGUCAGUUCUCUCCAGAAGGAAUCCAAAAAAUAAUACUGAAUGAACACUCCUCUUAUGUUUAGAUGUUGCCUCCAGGAAUCUCAUUGAUUGAGAAAGUUUGACCCAAUAUUUACCAUGUAAAUAGCCUUUUCUGCUGCAAAGACUGUGAAACUAUAUCCAACAGUACUUGUUAAAAUAUAGCGGGGAUGUGAAAAUAUUUCUCCUUCACAGCACAAUACUGCUACCUUGUUUUCUUAAGAUAAGAACUAUUGCAGUGAUGAUUUUGGUUUUGUGUUUUAUUAAAAUAUGGCAUAAGA